UGCACAGACUGGAAAACAGAAAGUAGUUCCAUAAAACAGUUAUUUCACAGUGUGAAGGCCCUGAGACUGAAUGCUCACCAGAUCAACACUUACCUACAGGAAUACUUCCAGCAUUCCUCGGACUUCCCCAUCCAGACGUACUACCAGCUGAAGAGCGUCCUAGACACGGCAGAAUCCGAGCUAAACACCCUGCUGUCGGAGUCAGUCCGGGACAGCGAGAGUCCCCUAAUGGAGGAGAAGCUGCGGAAUCUCAGAGACAAAUACACGUUCUACAUCGACAAAGUUGGGGGGACAGCGGAGGGGGUCUGGGCCCAGUUUGAUGUUAUGUCUAUGUGUAUUGGGGUCCUGACUUUGUUUCUAGCUCUGAGUGUUAAUGUUUACUUUAUAAAGAUCUCGUUUUGGUGGAAGAAGGACAUUCCCGCGACAGUUCUGGUUGUGUUCCUGGUUUCCCUGGUUUAUCUGGCAUUCGCUGUGUUUCAGUCAUUUUUUAUCGGUGAAAGCUACAGUGCAAUGAUGGUGUUUUUGAUGGGAAGUUGUCUCAUUUUUGGAGUUUUGCUGUUGAUUUAUAAUUUCAAGAGCAAGAAUCCCCUUAUUCUGAAUGCCAAAGAAGAACAUUAUUUAGGAAUUGAAUCUCUGGAGUUUGUUUUCGCUGUUUUUAUAACUUUUUUCACUUUUGUGACUUAUUUCUCCAACAGUUUUGUUGUCAAUGAGGACUCCAUAACUCUGUACUUGCUUCAAUCUCUCUCAUGGAUUCUCUCAUUCUUCACAUUAAAACAUGUCUUUCGACUGUCUGACACACCUGUAGAUCCCAAAACAAAAAAGCAGAAGCCGCCCCGACACUUUGAUAUCAUGAGAGUCCUGACUCACCCCGCCCUAGUCCUGAUUUUCCUGACCCUGGCCUGGAGUCUGUUCCUGAGACUGUCAGCGGUGUUCCGAGUGUGUCGGGAAGAACAGCACCAAUGUGAAGCCUCCAUUUUCCUGCAGCCUCUGGGAAAUCUAAACAGUCAGGAGGGGGUGAAGAAUGUCAGGUACUUCUUCACUCUGGUCUGUUUAGUCGUCAUGGUACUAGUGAUUCGUCAGGUGAUGAAACAUUUUGGGAAUCUGAAUGGUUUCCGGCCCCCUGUGUUGGGGGUAACCUACCUCCUCCCCCUGUCUGCCCUGUUUUGCUCCCUUCACUGGGCAUUACAGGGACUCCCUCAGAAAUCUCUGGACAGCCUUCCUCCCUGGCAGCAGGUCCUCCUUCCCAGGGUAGUGUAUAUUCUGGUUGCUCUGUUCCUUUUACUUCUGAUCUAUGACCCUCUCUGUAUUUUUGUUGUGCUGAGAUCAAAACAACUGGUUAUGGAAGACGAUAAGCAACUCAUACCCAAUAUUUACCAUCAGCUAAAACAGAAUUUGGAGGAGAAGGAAGAUAAACCUCCAUUAGUUUAUGGACUGGCCACCUCCUUUACAGCAGCCACUGUUGCUAUGGUAACUGUGGGCUUGGUGCUUCUUGGCCUGUUGCUAGGUGAUGGACUGAUGCCAAGUUUGUUGCUCGUCAUUUUUUCUGUAUAUUGCCUUCUUGAAAUCAUCGCAAUCAGAGAAACAAUAAAUUUGCCUGUGUCUCUGUGGACCAGUCUAGUCUUCCUCUGUGUGCUAGCCUCUGUUUUCUUCUACGCCACUGGUCACCAGGCAACCAUCCCAACCAUUCGCUGGGAGUCAGCAUUUAUUGGUCUCCAUGGAGAUUUCACCAACAACAUUCUGCCAGCAAUACUUAUUCACCUCAACACAUUUUCCUCUCAUGUGCUAGCAGCAGUUAUCUGCCCUUUGAUCCUAUUCUGGCCUAAAACAGGUGGACUGUUGACCCGAUGGGUCAUAGGGGUCAACAGGAAGGACAACCCGGACUGGAUUGGAGAUUUCUGUUUCCAUGACAACAAGGAAAACUUCAGAAUGCAGAUAUUCAGAAUAUACUCAUAUGUCUUUCUAUAUCAGGGAUUUAAGAUUUGUGGAUCUGUCCUUGCUGCCUUUCUACAUAGAAGACACUUAAUGGUGUGGAAGAUAUUUGCUCCACGUUUUGUGUUUGAAGCAAUGACCAGUUUCACUGUUUAUGCUUUGUCUAUUGUCAUAUUCAUAUUUCUACUACGUGUAGACUCAGCACUCACAAAAUGGAUGAAAAAUUUUACAAAGAAAUAAAAUGGUUGUAA